CGAUCAUUCAACGAUCACGAAGCCGAAGCUCGAUACCUGCGUCGCGACCAUGGUCCAGAGCUAGACUGUCCCACGAAUGGCCAAACCUUCGACGCCUUCCCGUCGAGUCGUGCUUCCCCGCUCUCUAAAUAAUAGUACGGUGAACCCGCCCGCUUCGGCUGCCGCCUUACAGGGAGCUUUACUCGCUUUCAGCCAUGCGGUGCCUCCCAAACCGCAGUCCCCGAUGAUGGCAGAUCGUCCACCAGUGUCACUGCUCGAUUCCGAUCCCGAUCCUCCUUCAGAACUGCCAGAGCCCGGUUCGAUCAAGGGCAAAAUCGCCCUGUUUAGUGCAAACUCCACCGCGACCGCACCCAGCGACCGGCCACGAUCUGCCCAUGAAAGUGUGCCGGAGAUUGCUCGCCAGAAAUCACCGCAGUUGCUUGCAGCUGAGAUCGCUACCGGAAGCGUACAAGGCCCGGGCGGCAAGACUACGAGUGAUGACGUGCAAAGGACCCGGCUGCAACGAAAUGGAGCAGUACCGAGUCGAGACCUGUCCUCGCCGAUCCCGGUUCGGAAGCCAGUUAUAAACCCGCGAUUGCUAGACCCGUAUCAGGAUGAGACUCCAGAGCACUCGCCGCCGAAACCGGGUUCUGAUCAAAGGCCCGUGUCUUCCAAAUCUUCAGCGUCGCCCCGGCCGCCCAUAAGGAAGCCGCGUCCCGUGCCGCCCCCUAUACCGCGGAAACCGUCCCCCGCCCUAAGCGAACCGGCGUCGAAGUCAGCUAGCCAUCGCUUCGAGAACGGACUGCGGCGUGAUGAAGCUCGAAAACCGCCUCUGCCUCUUCGCUCCAAAGCUUCUGCAGCGACGUUGUCUGAAGAGCGGCCGCCAACACUUCCACCACGACGAGCCGCAACCGCGCAUGAUCUGUACAUAAACCAAUCUACCCCAGGACGCGCCGAGUCUCCAGCGGGGCUGUCGUCCAGCCCGAGCGUUGUGUCCUUGUACAGCCCGGCGCACAACGCCAGUCGCACAAGCGUUCACACCGUUGCGAGCCGAGACGCGCCCUCGGACGCAGUCGCAGCCUCGUCAACGGCGUCGAACAGAGCACUGCAGGCAAGAAAGUCGCCGCCACCACCUCCACCGCAACGCAGGCGCCGAUCACGAUCUCGCUCCUUAUUGCACGUCCAACAUAAAAAGGACCGUACGCCCAAUCCUAGCCCGGGCGGUUUGCGAGAGACGCUUCGACCACAGGCCAGAUCAGACGACGAAGAUGAGCAGCGUCGCCGUCAGCACAAAAGCCACAUUAUCAACAAGCACCCGCAUAAGCACAAUGAAGGAGAGCGCAGGAGAUGGAGAAGUGAGAUUACAGAGAAAGAGCGGAAGAGAUACGAGGGCGUAUGGGCUGCAAACAAAGGCCUGCUCAUACAUCCCAGCCAAGUACUAGACGAAAAUCUCGAGCCAGAUAAGAUACCACCUGGAAUGUAUCCUCCGGCCGCGCUGGACAUGGUCGUCAACCUUGUGGUUCGAGAUAUCUGGUCAAGGAGUCGUCUACCGAAUCACGUCCUCGAGCAGAUCUGGAACCUCGUGGAUGGGCAGAAGAUCGGUCUGCUCACUCGAGCCGAGUUUGUCGUGGGGAUGUGGCUGAUUGACCAGCAACUGAGAGGACACAAGCUUCCGGCCGUAGUUUCUGAAAGCGUGUGGGCCAGCGUUACGCGUGUUCCUGGCAUUUCUCUUGAACCGUAUAAUACCAAGCAUUAG